AAUUACGUACAUAGAGCGGCGGCGAACACGUACGCCAAAACGCGCGUAGACGUGUAAUUCAAACGGCGCCCAAGCCCCGCCCUGUGAAUCCAACAGGAUUUGCACACCGCAACGGAUAUACGCGAGAUAAUCGCGUAAUCCAUCAGACGGACAACGUUACGCGAGUGACGAUCGAGUUCCGGUCGUUGACGAUAGUUGUUUUUUGUUCGUUGACCGUACGGAAAAGAAUACUGACCGUUCAGAAAUCCCACAGCACAUGCAAAAACAGAUGACAACGGGGUAAUAAGAAGCGUAGUUCGUUGAUAAGCGAUAUCAUCGUAUGAUAUUAUUCAUAUUGUGAAUUGAUUGUUUUUUGUUUUUACGUCGAUUUUGAACAUUUUAACUAGAAUUUUGCCCGACGCCACAACAAUGGAAACUACUACAGAAAUUGAGCCUUUCAUGAAAACCGGUUUUAAACUUUUGCGUCGUACCAAAGAUCCGACUUCCAUCAGACAGAUGUUAAAACAUUUGGAUGACGCCAUACAUGAGCAGUAUGGUGUUCGGCGUCCAGCGAAUGCCGCGAAAAAAUUUGCAGAGCCCACCACCUCACUCGUGUCUAGAGAUUCCGGCAAUGAUCAAACAGAGGUAUGUAAUCGCCUGAUAUAAAUAACGUAUUAUAAUUUGUAGCCUACAUAUUUUAAACUGUUUAGCUGAUAAUCGAUGAUGACUCUAGCAGUUCAAGUUCUUCAUCCGGUCCCACUUCAUCAAAAAAUAUCAUAGACUUAUGUUCCUCUCCUCCUCCUACAAUUACACUGGAACAAUCCAAAUCCGAUCCAGUCAUAAAUUUAGACUCAGAUUCUGAUAUGGAAACAGACACUAUAGAAUCCUAUUCGUGUUGUGCUUGCAAGUAAGUUAAUAUAUAAUAAAAUAAUAAAGUAAAAAAAAAAUUAUUAAUACUCUUAAAUAAAUGUAUAAUUUUUGUAUUUAUACAUUUAUUACUAUAUACAUAUAAUAGCUUGAUUUUGAAAAAAUUACCUAAUCAUUUUUUCCUCACCAUUUUUUUUUUUUUUUUUUUAUUAUUAUUGGAGAGGGAGUAAUGUUAAUAGCGGAAACAGUCUCGUAGAAUGUUUGGAAUGUCAUUCAAUGUACCAUCAAAACUGUCAUUUCCCUCCAAUAACAGAUAUUAACUUAAAUGAUCCACGAAUUGUCUGGUAUUGUAGUAAUUGUAGACAGAAAGACACUCAAAAAGUUGUAAGUUAUAAAUUAAUUGAUUUGGUUAGCCGCUUUUAUUUAAAAUAUUUUUUAAUAUUUAGUCCACAAAGGAAUCACGUUCAUCGGGAAAGGAAAGUAAGAAAAGCUCUUCCAAAAAUACUGGAUCUAAAGCAGAAAAAUCAUCUAGCAGCAAAUCCUCUCAAAGUAAAUUCAUUAAUACUUAUGAACUAUAAAAUAAUAUUUGAUUAUUACAUGUUUCCGUUUUUUAGGUGCUAAAGCGAGUCCUAGUAAAUCAAAAUCAUCCUCUGCCAAUAGCAGUCCUAAACAUUAUCCACCUACUUCUAGUACCAUGAUGUCUGCUAUGGAAAAGAGAGUUCAAAUGAUGAAAAAGAAAGCUGCUAAAAAAACUGAGAAAAAAAAAUAAAAACAAUUUUUAU